GGCCUUACGUCAUUGGUCGGCGUCGGGAAACCUUCCAUUCUUUGCUGCUGAUCGCGGGAUUCCAUUUGGGUAGUUUUCACGUUCGUGGAUAGACUCGUAUCUGUGACCAGUGUCAGCCACCGCGGAUGGCAAGAGACCUAAUCGGACCGGCCCUGCCGCCCGGCUUCAAGGCCCGCGGAACAGCGGAGGACGAAGAGCGGGACCCGAGCCCUGUUGCAGGACCAGCUCUGCCCCCUAAUUAUAAAAGCAGCAGUUCAGAUUCAUCAGACAGCGAUGAAGACAGUAGUUCUUUGUACGAAGAAGGAAAUCAGGAAUCUGAAGAAGAUGACACUGGUCCAACUGCAAGAAAACAGAGGAAAAAUCAGGAUAAGGAUGAUGAUGAUGAUGAUGAUGAUGAUGGGUUUUUUGGACCAGCCCUUCCUCCUGGAUUUAAAAAGCAGGAUGAUUCUCCUCCAAGGCCCAUAAUAGGUCCUGCACUGCCACCUGGUUUCAUUAAAUCUACACAGAAAAGUGACAAGGGCAGAGAUGAUCCAGGACAACAGGUAUCAUCAUCCCAUUUCAACUCUAAGGUUUGGAAAGUUUUCAUUGAAAGGAUAAGAUGUAUUGUAACAAACUCCAAACUUUAUGCAUGCAGUUACUACAAUCACUGGACUCAACUGUAAUGAAACAGACAGCAGUGAAGAUGAGGAUAUUAUUGGACCAAUGCCUGCAAAAGGACCAGUUAACUAUAACGUAACGACAGAGUUUGAAAAAAGGGCUGAGAGAAUGAAAGAAAAACUGACCAAAGGAGAUGAUGAUUCAUCUAAACCCAUCGUAAGAGAGUCAUGGAUGACUGAACUUCCUCCAGAAAUGAAAGACUUUGGUCUUGGGCCAAGGACUUUUAAGAGAAGAGCUGAUGACACAUCUGGAGAUCGAUCAAUCUGGACAGAUACUCCAGCUGAUAGGGAAAGGAAAGCUAAGGAAACACAAGAAGCAAGGAAGUCAUCCGGUAAGAAAGAUGAAGAACAUAUAUUAUCAGGAAGAGAUAAGAGACUGGCUGAGCAGGUAUCUUCAUACAAUGAAUCAAAAAGAUCAGAAUCUCUUAUGGACAUGCAUCAUAAAAAGUUAAAGAGUAAGGCGGCUGAAGACAAAAAUAAGCCUCAAGAGAGAAUACCAUUUGACCGUGAUAAGGAUCUCAAGGUUAAUCGGUUUGAUGAAGCUCAGAAAAAGGCCCUGAUAAAAAAAUCUAGAGAACUAAACACCAGAUUUUCACAUGGCAAAGGCAAUAUGUUUUUAUAAGGGGAUUUCCCUGUGCAAUGAAGAAAAGUUGAAGAAUACUCUUUGUCCAUCUUUAUUUCUUUGUUUUUGGCUUCUUAAGAUUAGAGAUUAUUUUAAUCUUAAAAAACAUACAGAUUUACCUUGUUCUUUGUGUCCUUUUAAGGUCAUGUGGAAACAUAAAACAAAUGUUUCUUAUAUAGAACAGGAUAUUCUAUGUGCCUUUAGCUUCUGUGGAAGUAUGGGGAAUUAUGGGCUUUUCUUCAAAUAAUUAUUUUAAGAGGCUUCCAUUCCCCCUGAUUUUUGUGGUGUCUCACAAGUACCCUCUAAGGUCUGGUCAGGACUGACUGCCAAAUCUCUACCACAGCCUGGACCUCCUCGUGAAAUAUACCUAACCUGCCCUGGAGUCAGUGUGUCAAGUCCUUCCUGUAAAUCCGUGACUUUGAAAUGUGUUGUUAUUUCCCUUUAAACUGCAGCCAGUGAAUACAAAUUUACUUGAAAAUAGAGGGUAUGGGUUUUGCCUGUUUUGUAAUCAGUUUUCUUGUUUUAGUACUCAGGGCUUUUUAUUUGUUGUUUAAUUUUUUUAAUUGUUUUUAAGUCAGAAAGAUCUCUGGGUUAUCUCAUGUGCUAAGGGAAAACUAUUUUGGUUUUUCCAACUUUAAUAGUUCGUAUUUCUAGGGGAGGCAAUCAGGACAAGAUAUGCCAUUAACUGUUGGCAGUGUGAAAUCUGUAAGACUUAGUCUCUAUGAUCUCAACCAAAGCUUUCUGAGUCCUGGAACUUUGCUUUGGGACAAUCUGACUUUACUCAUUUAUAUACUGUACUUAACAGUUUGUAGCUAAUAUAUGGGGUCAUAACCUUUUUUUUUAGCUAAUUUACGGGGGUCAUAUCAAUCGUGAAUAGCCUUUUAAAAAAAAUUUAUAAUCCCUAAAUACAAAAAUGGAAAUGGAAAAUUUAUAAUCAUAACCCUCCUAAUUGGGAGUAUUAUAAGUUUGUAAUGCUUUAAGCACUGCCUCUUACGAUGGUAAAUUUAUAAGAUGAUAAAUUUUAUUUAAACUAUUAAACUAUUGUUAAAUAAAUGGAAAUUCUAUAAGUUA